UCAAGAUGUAAAAAAACAUGAGAUUGCACUGACCGACAUAUACUUCUUUUAAAGUUUUAAGACCUUUAAAGUUCAGCCGGUGGUUUUCCGUGUAAUUGAUUUUUUCCUGUACAGAGCUAGGCUUAUUCACGUAUACGAGGUAGUGUACGAGGUUCCUGUUCUAGUUAUCAAAACAGUAAACUCGAAUCGUCAAAAGAAUGGAUUAAAUCUCAGCAGAACUCGAAGAUGGAGCAGGAAGAAUCAAAGAAGCCACCGAGUACUCUGGAAAUCAGUCCAAGCGGAGACGGCGAUAACCCCAUGGCGGCGUCUCCUAUUGCUGGGUCAAGUUUUGGACAACCAUUGAAUGCAGAACGCGUGCGUCAGGCGGUCAGCAAUACCAUUUUGGAAUCACCGUUAUCCUCAGACGACUUUGUCAAAGACGAUCCUUUUGCUAUUGAGACACUUGAGUUGUGCAGUCGGUUUUUCCGUCAGACGUCACGACCCAGUCUUCGAAAAAAACGGUUAAAAAGGCAUAAAACUUCGGAUUCAGUGCCCAGUCCAGCAUCCAGUAGAAAAACAAGCGUAGAUGAAGAGUCAGUGAAGCAGGCGCGAGAUAGACUGCUCAAAUUCAGUCGAGAGCUGGAUAAUUUGAAGUCAAGGCCAGCGAGAGAAAUAAUUGCGCAUGCGAAGCAAUCAUCAGAUACUUCAGGCAAUACUUCUCAAUUGAAUACAUUACGCGGGAAUACUAGAUUCAAUUCUGGAUCUAGCAACGAGAAUCGAGGCAUCGUGGUUAAUCAUUCUCGGGCCAAAUCAGAUCCUACUGUUCACAACCGAGUCAAUGAUCCUAAGUUAGAACGGGCGAUAGGAAACGACGGAACCAGUAACCCUGUUGCUGUAUCCGACAGUAAAGGGACCAGUGUAAGGAAAACUGGUGCUAGCAUAAAACCCCCGGAUAUACGAAGAGUGCAGUCGACGGCAACUGUCAAUCACCACUCGAUCACGAGGCCUCCGCGCACGACUGAAUCUAACAAUACGACAGGAUUCCGAUUUAAUGGCUCAAGGACAUCAGUUCAGUCAGAUGACAAUAAAAUUGUGAAAAGCUUGAAGAAAUGGUUCAAAGAAAAGUUCAAAGACAAGAACGGAGAGAAAAAGAAAGAGCGUAGCGUGGAAAAAGCGAAAAAGACGAAAGUUAAGACGUAUUCGGGAAAUAUCUCGCAAACUUCGAACUUAGAAGCUGGCCAUGGUCAUAUAAGUCAGGCGGACGGAGGAGGAGAAAGUGGAGGGGGAUCCCAGCCAUCAAGUCUGACCAGACAGAAUUCUCUAUCAGCCAAACUCAGGGAUAAGCUGCACUUUUCCUCCAAUAUCUUCAAUGGUAGUGUUAAUCGAGGUGACCCCGGAUACGAAGCUGACACAGACAGGGAGUUGCAGCAGAGCAAAGACGAAGCGAAGACGAAGCGCCUGAAGAAGCGGUCUGAGCUGGACAGUUCACGCGAACCGUCCUUCUCGCAACAUGACGAGAAUGAACGAGCUGGAACAUCAGCUGGCGGAGGUGUGGCAGGUAGUCUACCACAAUCGAUGAGUCUGCAAGGUUUUGGAGCAAACAACAACUUGAGAAGACCGAUUUACGCCAACCAAGAUACCAGUGGAAUGCAGCCAAACAUGGGGAACAGCAACGUCAACCACCGUCUCAGUGUACCUGGGAUCCCCAGCGAGUACGAUGACGUGUUCUUGUCGUCGGGGGAGAACAGAAGUGGAGCGAACUCGAUGACUAAUGUGUUGGCGUUGUCAGAAGAUGCUCAUGCUCCCAUUGCUAGGAUGGAUUCUGCAAUGGAUGAAGACGUAGUGACCCAACCGGGAUCAACAGAGCCAAUCCAUUCUAAUGCAAGUGCCACACUUCAGCCACAGCCCUCUGCAGCUUCUGUAGAUCCAAGUCCAAGACCCUCAAAUAGUGGAGACAAAUUUGAUUGGAUGGUUGACAGGCUCAUCACAAUAUCCAGCCAGCCAGAUGUGGCGAAGAUUGUCGAAACAGUUCCAGUUUUUCAAAAUGUAGAUCCGCUCAGUGGUGUUCGGAUUGUCAUUCCUCCAAUUGGCCCUGGCACUUCAGAUAAUCCAGACGAAGAGGACCGAAGAAUGCGGAAAGCCAGUAUACAACUGCUGGCUGGAAUUCAACCUUUGAAUCCUAGCGAGCCGAGUUUGUACUCCCGUCUUGUGGAUAGUGGAUACUCUGAGUUCUCAGAAAUCAUAAACGCCAUUCUGGGACGAAGCCCUAGUCGACAACAACAACAGUUGAUGCAAGACGGCGCUGCCGGUGGUCCCAUGACGCCUUCUACGUCAACUGCUUCGCCAUCCUCGUGCCAAACUAUGGUUUCGCCUAAUUGGAGUGAAGCAGGAAGCUCCACUGCGCAGCCAUCCUCUUCCUCUGGACCGAGGCUCAAUGACUCCAACAACAACAGUCUCGCAGUGCCCUCCACGCAGAGGCUGUUCACGCUUUUUCUUACCGUCAUUCGAGGAGUUGUUGAACACUCAGACGAUCCCUUAACGCGUCUGGCCGCCAAUGUAUUCUUGUACAUCAGCGAAAAUUUCAGAGACCGCGUGGAAGGUGCAGGUGGAUAUGAAUCCGUUUUCUCGGACCAGCAAAACACAUCGGACGAAAACUAGAACAGAGACUGUGGAUUGAAUUCUGACCUCGCAUUUGUGCCUUUACCAUUUGUAAAAUACUUUUAAAAGUAACCAGUGUUAUAACUUGCUCAGAAUGUCGUCUUUUCUGCUCACAAACAGGAAAGUAAUUUCUUCUAAUUUUGUACAAUAAGUGACUGUUUAACUUUGCAAUUAUUUCUCAGAUGUCUUCCUAUGAUAGAAACUGAAUGAAUGCAUGAUGCUCGUUUUUGUAACAUGGAAUAGGUAAUUGGUUUGAAAGGUUUUUCAAACACAGUGCUAGUUUUGUUUUUAAAAGCAACGCAAAAUUACUAAAACCACUCUAUAGCAACCCAUAUUUUUAGUGAAAACUUGGCAAAUUUAGUUAUGGCUAAAUUUAUGGUUGAUGUUUUUUGCUUACAAUUUUGAAUUUGAACAAAUUAACUCAAUACUUAAUUAACGCGUUGUUUUCAAUGUAACACAAAUUAUAAUCGGAGUGUGGUUGAACACAUUGAAUGCAUAACAUAUCCAGGUCAUUUUAUACAACUAGAGUCAUAUGAAUUAUUAUUAUUUUUUAAAAACAUUGUCGCUGAAUAGGCUCGACUGGGGAUUUUGAGUGCUGUGCGAUGCAUGUUUAUGACCAAGUUUUUUCAUUUCGCCCAUAUCGAAGUUUGUACAGGCUACUUUCAAUUUCGGUGCUUCAAGGACGCUUUCCACUAAACUACCAUUUGUUUAGCUUAUUUGUUUACUCAAAGAUGCUUUUGAUCACCCAUGGCACAAAAGUAGUUCAUGCCAUUGCUACCAAUGCUAUUUUAUCUGCCUUAUUUUGACAUAUUAAUUAUAUUAGCAAAAAUUAUACUAAAUGUUCAAGAGGGAUGUGUUACUACAUUUGCAAAAAAAAUCAUAUAGUUGGCCUUGCUCAUGUUAACUUUUUAAAACUCGAGAUCAAAUUUAGAUAAUCUUUUGCGUAAAAUGAACCCUGAAAAUAAGGUCUUCUGUGUUUUUUUUGCUAAAGUAUUACCUGGAAAUUAUUUUGUCUUGAAUUUAUUUUGUGAAUACAAUGCUGACAGAACUCGUUAGAGUUUGGACCAUUUCUUCCAAGUAAUCGAUGGCGCUGCAAUUAGUGCCGUUUUAUCGUUUUAUCGUUAUAUCUCUCGUAGCCUAGUUAAUUGCAAUUUGGUUCACUUCCGAUUUAUCCGCAGAUUUCUCCAAUACAUAAAUGUAGAAUUUUGAAUCUUGUUUUCGUAAGGUGCUCACGAUUUAGUUGUUGAUUCUGUUAUAGUGCUGAAGGAAUAGAAUCCUUUAAUUUCA